AUGGAACAAAAUUUUAAUUGGUUUGAUAAUGAUAUCGAUGCAGAAUUAGAAGAAUUUGAACAAAAAGAUGACAAGCAAACAAUAUUUUCUUAUAUUUUUGACUUUGUAUUUACUCAAGUAAAUUAUCUUUUGUUGUUUUUUAUUGGAAUAAGAAUUAUUUUUUUUGUGUUUAGGAUAUCGAAAGGAAAACUUUUUAAUAUCAAUAUAGUAGUACUACUUAACAGCAUAAUUUUUUCAUUAGGCUCAUUUGUAGCAAUUGUAUCGCUUGUAAAAAUACUCGUAUAUGUUUGUCUAAAUAUUGAUAUUGAUUCUAAGCUAGAAAUUUUUUUAAGUUCUUACAGAAUUUUUUCACUUAUUAUUUGGAGUUUAGUUAAUUUAUCGUGGUAUAAAGCGAUAAAAGAAGAUGUAAUUGGUAGUUAUUAUUUAUUAAGAGCUCUUCUUACAGCAAUUCUUGUUACAAGUGUAGCUUAUAAUAUAUCUUCUAUUUUAUUAAUUUUAUUUGACAAAUAUUUUGUUUUACAAACGUUAAAAUCAAAAAUUAACGAUGUUGAACGAACUGAAAAGAUUUUGUCUGUGAUGAAAAACUUUAGAUAUGAUUCAUCUAGCACAAGCACAGCAGGAACACCUAGUUGUCCAUGUCAAGACGUUUUUUGCUUUGAUUUUUCAACAAGUUCUGCUAGAGAAAUUAGUGAUCGUAGAAGCUUAGAAGAUAUUGACAAAAAUAAAUCGUAUUUAGAUAUACCACAGCCACAAUUGCACAGUAUUUCUGACGCCAAGACUUUGGCCAAAGAUAUCUUUACAAAAGCUAGUACGAAUGGAUUGACGCUAUCUGUUGAUGAAUUUAGUAAAAUUUUUACAAAUCCGCAAUCAUCUUUAAAUGCCUUUACUUACUUUGAUAAUGGUAUAGAUAAAUAUAUUACAAUGAAAACUUUUCAUGACACAAUUUUGGCUUUUUACAUGGAAAGAGUUAACCUCGAAAAAAACAUUUGUAGAGCAGAAGAGUUUGUAUCGAUAAUCGGAACAUUUUUUAAUAUAAUAAUAUUUUGCUUCUUAUGUUUAGUUUAUCUGAUAUUAUUUGGUGCGCCACUAAAAGAAUUACUCGCACUAGCCUUAAGUAGUGCGUUGGCAUUAAAUUUUAUCGCCAGUGGGAUGGCAACAGACUUAUAUUAUAAUUUUAUGAUGCUACUUAGUCAUCAAUUUGAUAUCGGCGAUGAAGUUAUUGUAGACAAUAUCGAGUAUAAGGUUUACGGGUUUGGACUUACCAGUACUUCGUUGUUGUGUGAAAACGGCGGAAAAGUAAAAUUUUUAAAUUCGGAUCUUUGGAAAAAAACACUAAUAAAUAUGACACGAGCACCAGAAAAAAUACUAGUCUUUAAGUUUAAUUUAAACCCAAACAUUUCUCAUUCCAACUUUUCUAUGUUAAAGCAAGAAAUUCAUAAUUUUUUACAACAGAAAAGAUUUGAUUUUAUGGAUACAUUUUCAUUGCAAUCUGUAUCUGAGACACACACGGGCAUUGAAUCUUUAGAGUGUUCACUUAUCUUAAAAUGUAAAGCAUUUAAAAAUAAAACAAAAAAAUUUAAUUUAAGAGUUGAAGCUACUAAUUAUUUGCGCAAAAUUAUUGAGAAAUAUGGAUGCAAUUAA